UUGUUCUUCCCGGCGGGUUUCUCGCGCCCCCGGGCCGUGACGAAUCGGGGGGCCGCUGCAGAGGCGUGAGGAGGCGGACGACGACGACGACGCCGCCAUUGCUGUCAGGGAGGCCUGUGAGAAUGAGUGAGUGGAUGCCCAUAGCUAAGGACUAUGAUCCUCUCAAAGCCGGGAGCAUCGAUGGCACAGAUGAAGAGCCUCAUGAUCGGGCCAUUUGGAGGGCAAUGCUGGCCCGCUACAUCCCCAACAAAGGAGUAACCGGAGACCCUCAUCUCACCCUUUUUGUGGGCCGACUGAAUUUACAGACAACGGAGGAGAAAUUGAAAGAAACCUUUUCCAGAUAUGGGGACAUCAGGAAGCUGCGCCUGGUGAGGGAUAUAGUCACCGGCUUCUCCAAACGCUACGCGUUCAUUGAGUAUAAAGAGGAGCGUUCCUUACUGAAGGCUUACAGAGAUGCCAACGGUCUGGUUAUUGACCAGCAUGAGAUCUUCGUGGACUACGAACUGGAAAGAACCCUCAAGGGGUGGAUCCCCAGGAGACUCGGUGGAGGGUUUGGAGGAAAAAAAGAAUCGGGGCAGUUGAGAUUCGGAGGACGCGAUCGACCUUUUCGGAAGCCCAUCAACUUGCCCGUUUUGAAAAAUGACUUCUAUGGAGACGGACAGCGGGAAAGGGGGAGCAGGGGGGAGAGGGGGGAAAGGUCGCGAUCCCGGGAGAGAACCUGGGACUGGAGGAGUAGGGAGAGGGACCACGAGAGAGGUCGAGAGAAGAGAUGGCAAGAAAGGGAGCCACCGAGGACCUGGGGAGAAAGCGACAGGGAAAGAGAAAGGGACUCCAAAGAGGAUAGAAGCAGAGGGAGAGAGAGGAGGGAGAGAGACAGGAAAGAGAGAGAGAGAGACAGAAGCAAGGAGAGAGAAUCGAGAAAGCAAAGAGAUGACCAUAGGUAAGCAUAAGGAGAGAGAGCAGGGGGCUAGGAAGGACUCUCCCCAGAGUGUAAAGCAAAUAGUUUAAUAAAAGUGUUCGAUGGAUGUU